AUGGAAUAUUUUAUUGAGACAGAAUAUAUGUAAUAAUAAUUAAUAUUUAUAUAAUUUAGAGGUGGUGGAGUAUAUGAUAAAAAUGGAUAGAAGGAUGGAUAUUGGGUAGAUUUAAGUGAUGGGUUUUGUGAGUAUGCAACUUAUUGUUAUUUUAAUAUUCAAGUGGAUGUUAAUUCAUUUUCAGAAGAAAAUAUAACAAUGGUUUAAAGUGUGGGAUUUGGAAUUCUAUUAUUUGGCAUCCUUGGCGAUAGUAAUUUGAUAAUAUGUAAUUAUAAUUUAUGA